CGAAAUCUAAUUGAACCUUAUAAAGUAUACAUCUAAAAUCUCGAUUCCUCCUUUACUGAACCAUAACUUGACCCUUUCAGAUUCCCAAAAUCUCCAAGAUUAUCAAGUCAGCUACUCGAUCUGAGACCAAGUGCAGAGUUGCAAUGGCUUCGAAGACACUCUCUGCCAAAAAUGCGGCUGCUCUAGACAAAGAUCUCAUGAGCAUUGGCGCCUUUUCCAUCGAUCAACUGAUGGAGCUUGCGGGUCUUUCUGUUUCUCAAGCUGUAUACCGUGUGCAUCCUCCAAGCAGAGGACGGAGAGUCCUGGUUGCUUGUGGACCGGGAAAUAACGGCGGUGAUGGACUUGUUGCCGCAAGACAUCUUUGGCAUUAUGGAUAUAAGCCUACGAUUUACUACCCGAAGCAGAGCAAGAACGAGCUGUACCAACGUCUAGCAACCCAGCUCAGAAAUCUCGACGUCCCUUUCACCGAUGAUUUCCCCUCGGCCUUGAAAGAAACGGACCACAUCAUUGACGCAAUUUUUGGCUUCUCAUUCUCCGGUGAAGUCCGUGAGCCCUUUCCGGCCGUCAUCAGAGCCCUGGAAGAAACCAAGCUUCCAGUGACAUCCGUCGACGCGCCUUCAUCCUGGAAUAUCGAAGAGGGGCCCCCAUCUUCUGGGCCCGGUGCGAAAUUUAUGCCCAGUACGUUGGUGAGCUUGACGGCUCCGAAACCGUUGGUGAAGUGGUUCAAUGGGAGGCAUUUCGUUGGUGGCAGGUUUGUGAGUCCAGAUAUCAAGAAGAAAUAUAAUUUAGACUUGCCGGAAUAUGAGGGGAUUGAUCAGAUUGUUGAAGUGGGAAGCAAUGGGGAGAAACUGUAAGAGAGAAAGGAACGAGGGGAGAAUUGGCGCUCAGGUCUGCAAGGUCUGGGCGCGAUGAAUUCUUUUCUUGGUAAUUCUAGAAACAAAUUGGUAUACUAUAGCUUUUCUUCCUUGAACAAAGCUGCAGGGUUGGUUCCAUAUGUGACUAGGACCAGGAAGAGCAAUGCAAGAACAGAAGAUUGCCAUCUCAAUCCCGGGCCGGGAACUAUGACUUGGUGUAGUAUAUAGUUAUUUGAACCUUUAUAUACCCCUAGACCCAAGCCUCUAGUUAUCGUAUAAUCGU